AUGCCUGAAUUAUCGAAAGAAGAAAAAUUUCAUCAAUACAUUUUAAAUUUACCUAAAGAACAAAAAGAUGCAGUAAGAGGUAAACCAACUGAAGUUUUAAAACUUAUAGAUGAUUAUCCAGAAUGGUUUAUGGACAUUGGACCUGAGAAAGGAAAAUUUAUUGUUGGAGAAAUAGUGAAGAAACAACCAAAGAUAAUGAUAGAAUUGGGUGGCUAUCUUGGGUACUCAGCUGUUUUAUUCGCAAAUCAACUAAUAGCUGAUCCUGAAGCAAAAUAUUAUAGUUUCGAAGCCAAUGCCGAGUAUGCAAAGAUUGCUCAAGAUGUUAUAGAUUUAGCUGGAUUGACGAAAAAAAUUGAAAUAAUAGUUGGUAAUGCUUCUUAUACUUUGGUUGAUUUUAAAGAAAGAUUAAAGAAAUCACCAGAAUACAAACAAAUUGAUUUUAUUUUUAUUGAUCAUGACAAGAAAAGUUACGUUCCAGAUCUUUGCUUAUGUGAAAAAUUGAAUUUUGUUGCUCCCGGUACUGUAAUUGCAGCUGAUAAUUUAUAUUCAGCUCCAGAAUAUAGAGAGUAUGUUAGACUCACUCCAGAAGAAAAGAAGAAAUUUCCAGGAAGAUGGAAUAUAAUAUAUGAAACAGAAGCUGUUGAAUUUGAAUUAAAAAAUGGUCGUAAAGAUGCUGUGGAACUAACUAAAUGUAAGGAUUAUUUGUCAGGUUAA